UUGUAUUUAAAAGCAAGUCGACGGUUUUGAUCCCAUUCACUCAAGCCAUAUUCGCAGGACUUAUCAUCGAUGAACCAACACUAAAGAACAAUGGCGUCGCAGGAGGGGGAGUCAUAUGUUUGGACCCUGGGUGAUGACGUUGAGAAGAUAGCCAAGAAUGAAAUUAACGAACUCCCCGAAGACAGAGCGAACAAGAUAGAGCUUCUCCGCCAGUGGGUUAAGAAACAUCCGUACAUCGACUCCCGGACAGAUGACAGAUUUUUGCUGAAAUUCCUGAGAGCGGCUAAGUUCAGUUUGCUUCGGGCGCAGGAGAAACUGACCGAUUACAUCAUCGCUCGGACAUCCCAAAUUGAAGGAAGCCCAGAAUGGUUCAACACCGACCCGAACGAUAAGAACAUCCAAGGAUUAUUAGAAUAUGGAGUGCAUAUUGUACUACCUGGCACUGACCCAUUGGGGAGAAGAGUCAUUAUGGUGAGGCAAAUCCCCCAGGUCAAGGAGUUCAGCCAGCACGACAUGACCCGGCUCCUCUUCAUGAGCAUGGAGUUGCUCCUGAGGGACGAGCUCGCCCAGAUCAACGGCAUUGUUCUCAUCGUUGACUGUGAGACCAUGUUCACUGGGGCGGUUGCCUUCUGGACCAGGGAGAGAAUGAAGAGGGCAUGCAAGUGUUGGCAGGAUGCGUUGCCAAUGAGAAUGAAGGCUGCUCAUUAUCUUCAAAUGCCCGCAUUCGUCAACGUCAUGUUCGAGUUCUGCAAGAUCUUUUUGAGCAGAAAAAUGGCGAAAAGGCUACAUCUCCAUUCGAAUCUCAACGGCCUCUACCAGACUGUGCCAAAGUCUAUGCUGCCCAAAGAAUAUGGAGGCGGUGCUGGUCCAUUAUCGGAACUCAAACGUGCCUGGAUUGAAGAAUUCAGUAGGUCAAGGGAAUACCUUCUCUCACUUGCUGCUUGCCGUGUUGACGACACAAAGCUACCCCGCAAGGAGGAGAAGGACGAUGGGUGGGGUAUGGUUGGUACCUAUAGGAAGUUACCAGAGUGAGGAAGCUCGUGCAGGAAUGGUGUUGAAUCCCGCUACAGGAGUGGGCAACUGAGAACACUUCACGAUGGUUCCUCUGACGAGAUUCUUGAUAAACAUCAGCAUCUUGGGAGUCCCCCUUGAAGGCAUGGCCGAUUAUGCAGAACUAGAUUAAGGAAGACUCGUAAGAUGGAAACACUGGUAAAUGGGGAACACUCACAAGUGCGUAAUACUGACGGAGGACAUCACACCUUCUUGCCAUUGACUCCGGUACCAUCAUGGGGUGACUUUGAAUGGGGUAACUUUGAACACCCUCCAGAAAAAAAUGUCAUAAUGACAAACGUCCGGACAUCCUAAGGAAAUCAGGGGUUGAUGUUAACUGCUCCGGCCUUGAGGAAGGUGUUCAACACCCCACUGUUCAAAGGCACCCCUUGUGACAGUACUGAAACUUUGAUGGUUUGUAAAUUGAUUUGUAGUUUUGUAUCAAUGGUGCUAACAAUUGUAUAUACUGGAACUCUCCAUUAGUAGAUAUUAUCGUUUCAGACUCUGGAGCGCAAACCACUUGUCUUGUUUGGAGAAAACAACAAUGUUGGGAGAAAAUCAAGGUUUUUAUGCUCAAAACUAGCCCUGGCAACUUACUAACCCAUUUGGUGUGAUAGGUCACAUUGUAGGUUUUAUAUCCCGGUACGGCAUUAUUUUCGUUCAUAAAAAUGAAAUUUUUACAGAAAAAUAUUGUUUACA